AUGGCUACCCCUAGUGUCCUCGCUUUUGACGCUGAGGGUCGAGCCAUUGACUUUGAGGUCUGGGUCGACGACCUGCAGCUGUUCUUACAGUGCGAUAGGGCGGACGGUCUCUCUCUCUUUGACCUCACCUCCGGCGCCUCUCCUGCCCUUGCUGCUGAUGCUGACCCCACUGUUCGCUCCCAGUGGGCCACACGCGAUGCUGCUGCACGUCUUGCUGUGCGUCGCCACCUGCCUACCACUGAGCGCGCGCACUUUAGUCAGUACAAGAGUGCUCAAACCUUGUACGACGCUGUAGUUGCGCGCUACUCUUCCCCUGCCACUGCUGCACUGAGCCGCCUCAUGCUACCGUACCUCUUCCCUGACCUUGCUUCCUUUCCCACAAUCGCUGACCUCAUUACACACCUCCGCACUAGUGACACUCGCUACCGCGCCGCGCUUCUUGCUGAGGACCACUUCCUCUCAGUCUGUCCCACUACUCUCACUGUUGACCUCCUAGAGAAGGCCCUCCUAGCAGCGGAGAAGAGCAUAGUCGCUGUAGGAGCCUCUCGUGGUGACCCUCGCACCCCCAUCUUUGAGGGGUGUUCCCCUUCCCCCCUGUUGCCCUUUGUCGCCUCUGCUGCUGCGGCCGACCUCGUUGGUCUUGAGUCGGUCGGUGCGGCGUCUGCCCCUAGCGGGAGACGACGCUCUGGCAAGGGCAAGGGGGGCAAGGGCGCGGGUGGAGCUAGCGGGGGUGGUGGAGGUGGCGGUGGAGGCGGCGGAGGGAGUGGGGGUGGCGGUGGGAGUGGUGGCGGGGGUGGUGGUGGUGGCGGCGGCAGCGGAGGCGGAGGCGGCGGCGGCGGUAGCGGUGGGAGCGGAGGCGGGGGUGGUGGCGGAGGUGGAGGCGGCGGUGGCGGAGGAGGUGGAGCUGGUCGGGGUGGUGCCUCGCAGUGGAGCGGCUCUGGUGGUGCUAUCUAUGAUCUUGACUUUGAUGGUAUCUUUGCUGCCAUGUAUGCUGUGACUAUUAGUGAUGAGGGUGACUGUUACCGGUGUUUCCCGCCUAACCCGGGCAUUGGUACUGCUACGCUAGGUACCGCGCCGGCUUCGGCCUCCCUCACCUUCACACUUGACUCGGGGGCUUCUCGCUCCUUCUUUCGAGACCGCACCACACUCACGCCGCUUGGUCGGCCGGUUGCACUCUCCCUGGCAGACCCCUCUGGGGGUCCUGUCCUGUCGCACUUCUCCACAGUCCUCCCGUGUCCGGCGGCUCCCUCUGGCACCCUGUCUGCUCUCUACCUCCCCUCGUUCUCUACGAACCUGGUGAGUGGUGCUGACCUACAGGAUGGGGGAGUCCACCACUUCACUCCUGUGCGUGAGCGGGUGACGCACUCCACCGAAGCUAGCACAGGCCGCCACUUGGCUACGUUUACACGUCAGCCGGGGUCGAGCCUGUACACCCUAACCACCGCGUCUCCUCCAGUUGCUGAGUCUGGUAGGGUAGCUGCGUCGGGUCAGGUGUUUGCUGCAGCGUCCAGGUCGGGUCCUGAGUCUGCCCCCUGUUCGUGUCGUCUCCUCUCUCACGAGACUCUCCUCUGGCACCACCGCCUUGGUCACCCCUCUCUGCUUCGGCUCAGAGGCAUGGCCUCCCGUCUUCUUGUUUCCGGUCUCCCCCGGUCCCUCCCUCCCCUUCCUUAG